GGAGGACUCCGAUGGGUCGAAGUCGUAGCCGCUCCCCGCGUAGGGAACGUAGGCGGUCCCGGUCCACAUCUCGGGAUCGAGAAAGAAGACGCCGAGAAAGGUCCAGGUCCAGGGAGAGAGAUCGCAGAAGGAGCCGCUCAAGAUCUCCACACCGAAGACGCUCCAGGUCUCCAAGACGACAUAGAUCCACAUCUCCCUCCCCUUCUCGACUGAAAGAAAGAAGAGAUGAGGAAAAGAAAGAAACUAAAGAAAUAAAGAACAAAGAACGGCAGAUCACUGAGGAAGACCUGGAGGGUAAAACAGAGGAAGAAAUAGAAAUGAUGAAAUUAAUGGGAUUUGCCUCUUUUGACUCCACAAAAGGGAAGAAGGUAGACGGCUCUGUAAAUGCCUAUGCCAUCAACGUGUCUCAAAAGAGGAAGUACAGGCAGUACAUGAAUCGAAAAGGCGGAUUCAACAGACCUCUGGAUUUUAUUGCAUGAAACUUGAGGUGUUGGAUGGAGGAUUUCCCCCACCCUCGUCUGGGUCAGAGAGUAUUUUAUAUUUUAUAUUUAAUACACAUCAAAACAGGAUCUUGAUUCUUCCUUCUUAUAAAGUAAGAAAGUCUUAUUUAUGACACCCAGUUUACUUACUUUUCAAGGCAAUGUCCCUGGGAUGGCCACCAGCCCUUUUGUCUGUCCUUGUUCCUUUGAAACUGUGUGUGCUGUCUUCUUGGAUGCUUGCUAGGUGUUCUUAAAAACUGAAAGUGAAUUGCAUACAUUUCCCCAAUAAAACAAUGUUUCUACCCAUUUUAUAUUUAUUUGACAAAUAUCUUUAUUACUAGAUUAAAGAGUCUCCCU